AUGCAGAAUUGGAAUGAUCCAGGACUGCGCAACUUUGGGACAACAGCAUCAAUCGAGCCUGAAGAUCUCCCUUUAGGUCUUCCAGAGAUUCCCAUUCCCUCUCAAGUUGCGGAUGCUUGGGAUAAUUGCGAGGAGCUAGAUCGAUCUCUGUCAUGGCUAUCACUUCAGCCAUCACCAAUAUAUUACGGACCAACUAGCUUCCCCCUGACUAUACAUUGUCUCCUCUUCUCUAGCUGUGAGGAUUGCUGCUUUGUCGAAUGGAGGGGACCCGAUCUAUUUGCCCCACUUACCUGCAGUGAGGAUGUGUUUGCUUUCCUUCACUCCACACUACCCGGCGAAGUGAGUUGGCUCAACACAAGACUGUCUAUCACAAGUCGGCUUUCGGGUCAGACAGUAGUCGAUCUCCCGUUCACAAUUUCACCGAGUGAAUGGUGCGCCGACUCGUUAAGCAGUUUUCAGCUCCGUGUUUACGAUGUUCUAUUACAUUGGGUUUCAAACUGGUGCCAAUGCCGAUGUACAAGUCUCGACCAGUUUGUGCUGCAACUAGCGAUAUGGCCGUGGCAAGACCGGCAGCGUGGAGGCGAAAUCGAGCACAUGGAAGGGAAACUUGCAGAGACCUCUCUCCUUGAUCCCGGGUAUUUUGUCCACAACAUCAUCAGCAAUUUCUAG